CCCCCCGCCCCUCCUCCGUCUGGCUCAAGAUGCCCCGCUAGGGGCCGCGUCCCUCGAUCCCGCUCGCCCAACAGGGAGAGCGGCCCGCGAGUCUACACAUCGUGCGCCCCCCCUUCGCGCCGAUGGCCGCGCCGCCGCGCCGCGCCGCCGCCGGGCUGGCGGUGCGCAGCGCGCUGCCGUGGCAGGAGGACGCGGGCAACCUCCGCGGGCUUCCGCGCCGCCGCCGCGGAGAACGCGUCGCCGGCCCGCGCCGCCGGCCGCCCAGGCCACGCCCGCGCGCGAGCGCACAGCGGAUCUGCGCCCGCCCCGCCAUCGCCGGCAGAUCCCGACGGCCGACGACAUCGUGGCCCCCGACGACGACGUGAUGUGGCAGGACCGCGGCACCGACGACGUGCUGGAGGCAAUCGAGGCCGCCGAGGCCGCCGAGGCGUCCCGGCGGCGCAGCCUGGGCCCCCUGGAGCUCUUCCAGGAGA